AUGCCGCUCCUCGUCGUCCUCCUGGCAUUGUUGUCAUGCGCCACGCAUGGCGCCAACGCCGCGGCCUGCGACCCGACCACCGGCUUCGUCACGGUGCCACUCACCGAUGCGCAGCUCCCGGUGCAGAGGCCGUACGACGUGCCGCUGGACCAGCGGUACGAGCUCGCGAAUGGCAUGCGGCGGAUGUGGGUGUACUGCACUGACAAGCCCCAUAGCCCAACCAGCCACACCAAGCCACGAACAGAAAUCCGCACGGUAAUUCAAAACUACAGCUCCGGCGUGUGGCAGUUCGAGGGGUACGCGUUCGUCCCCUCGGGCACGACGGGGGUGUCCAUCAUGCAGGUGUUCGGCGCGGCGAAGCACGCGACAACGCUGAUGCUGCACGUCUACGGCGGCGCGCUGGUGUACUACAACGACUGGACGCGGGUGGUCGACCGCGGCAUCUACAACCGAUGGUUCAGGCUCAACGUGAUCCACGACGUCGGCGGCGCAGGGACGCUCACCGUGUUCAUCGACGGCCAGGAGCGGCUACGCGUAGCGGGGCGCGGCGGCGACUUGCACUACUUCAAGUUCGGGGUGUAUACUCAGACGGCCCCCUCGCACCUCAUGGAAUCGCGGUGGAGAGACGUCAGGCUCUUCACCAAGGAAGCUUACUGA